CGCAAUUUUUGUGUAUAACACUUUAAUUACUAGUAGAUCGGACAACCCCACCGUCUCCAAUCGUCCUUCAUCAUGGAUUCGAAGUACACAGAUCGAGACGAUUUGAGUUCUGAAGGCGACUACGAAAAGACAGCCUUCCUCAACAACCACUAUAUCAAAGAAGCCAAGACGAAGAGGGGCAUGCUAUGGAUCACACUCUUUAACCUCUUCUUAUUCACAAUAUCGAUCAUGAUCCUCAUAUGCGCAAUCUUCUCCCAAAGCACAACGUACAUUCAUUCGGCGGCGAAGUUGAUGGAUGACUUCGAUAUCUAUUCUCCUGCCGCACACGUGGUAGAAUACCAUCACGUCAAGUUUGAGUUCCCAAAUCCGCUCAACGCAUCCAAAUAUGUCGGCAUCACGGACGAUGUUGACAAUGCUUGGAUGGACAUUGCUUACCUACCGGAUCAAAUGGUUCGAGUAGAAGACAUGGCGAAGCUCCAAAAGCCACUCGACUCAAUGAAGGUCACUGACCCCAAGACCGGAGAGGGCGGGUACCGUGUUGGCCUAGAAGUUUUCCAUCAACUUCACUGCUUGAAUCUAUUGCGCAUGUCGACGUACCCGGAUUACUACACUAAGUUGUGGUGGUCGGAUACUAAUGACAAACCCGAGAAAGUGCGAAUGCAUCUCGACCAUUGCAUUGAGAUUCUAAGAGAGAAUCUCAUGUGCCAAGCCGAUGUAAACGUUUUCACUUUCCAUGAGAAGCCGGGGCUCGAGGGGUUUUGGCCCGAUUAUGAGCAGCACCAUGCGUGUAGGAACUUUGAUCAGAUUAGGCAGUGGGCUUUGGAUAAUGCCAUGCCGUAUGCGGAUGUGUGA